AUGACACCCCCGCGCACUGCCCUUGCACGAUUAUCAGCAUCAAAAAUUCGCACCCCAUUACCCUCUGGUUUUCGAUGGCAAUCGAGUGCAGCUUCAACACACCGCCCAGCUCCUCUUGCUGGUGUUACCGUCGUCAGCCUAGAACAAGCUAUUGCCGCUCCCUUCUGCACACGCCAAUUGGCAGAUCUAGGGGCCCGUGUCAUCAAAGUUGAACGACCCGUGGUGGGCGAUUUUGCCCGCCAGUAUGACACUCGCGUCAAUGGCAUGUCCUCGCAUUUUGUAUGGACCAAUCGAUCAAAAGAGAGUCUAGCACUGGACCUCAAGGGAAAGAAUGACCAUGACGUUCUUAUGAAACUACUGGAACAAGCAGACGUGCUAGUCCAAAACUUGGCACCGGGCGCAUCGGCCCGAUUGGGGUUAUCGCACGAAGCGUUGAAAGAAAAACAUCCCUCUUUGAUCGUCUGUGACAUAUCCGGAUAUGGCCAAGACGGUCCUUAUCGCGAUAAGAAGGCGUAUGAUCUUCUCAUUCAAAGUGAAGCAGGUAUGCUCUCGGUUACCGGUACAGCCAAAGAGCCGGCAAAGGUGGGUAUCUCCAUUGCCGAUAUCUCCGCCGGCAUGUACGCCUAUAGCAACAUUCUAUCCGCACUACUACAACGAGGGAAAGAUGGACAAGGCUGUCGGAUUGAUAUCUCCAUGUUGGAGAGUAUGGUGGAGUGGAUGGGGUUUCCGAUGUAUUACACCUCUAACAACGCUCCCGGGCCAGUUCCCGCGGGCGCAUCGCAUGCAGCCAUUUACCCAUAUGGACCCUUUGAGACAGGAGACGGCCAAUCUGUCAUGCUGGGUAUUCAAAAUGAACGGGAAUGGGUCAAUUUCUGCAAUGACGUGCUCUCUCAGCCACACCUGGCCAAGGACAAUAGGUUCUCCAGUAAUUCGCUGAGGACACAGAAUCGAGAUGCGCUCAAGGAGGUCAUUCACAAUGCCUUUGCGUCAUUCACCGCGGAUCAGACGAUUUCUCUACUUGAUGGGGCGUCGAUCGCUAAUGCGAGCGUUAAUGAUAUGCAGGGCGUCUGGAAACAUGCCCAGCUUAAAGCUCGCGACCGGUGGACUGAGGUGCAAACUCCCACGGGCCCGGUAGAAGCCUUACUACCACCGGGGUCUACUAAAUCAGCGGACAAAGGUGGUUAUGGAGCUCAGAUGAGAUCCGUUCCAACGGUCGGAGAACAUAACGAGGCUAUUCUAGCCGAAUUGGGAAUAUCACGAUAG